CUCUGCUUCGCGGCGGUGGGUCGGAGCCGCUGUGUCCCCGGUCUGGCACGUUCCUAGCCAAAUUCUCCACGGUGUAAAAUUGGAUACCCCCUUUUUCACAAAACCAAAAAUAUCCCCACUUCAAAUCCCUGCAGCCGCUUAUACGUUUGCGCUCAACAUACAUCUCCAAAUCUCCACCAGAUACCUCAGAAGAUGGCGGUGGUAAGCGGGAUGUCGGGGUCGGCUGUAGCCCGGCUAGAGGGCCGAGAAUUCGAGUAUUUGAUGAAGAAAAGGUCGGUGACCAUCGGCCGGAACUCCUCGCAGGGCUCGGUGGAUGUCAGUAUGGGACACUCCAGCUUCAUCUCUCGGCGACACCUCGAAAUAUUCACCGCGGGAGAGGACGGCACUGGCACGGGGGAAUUCUAUCUCCGAUGCCUAGGAAAAAACGGGGUGUUUGUAGAUGGGGUGUUCCAGAGAAGAGGGGCUCCACCUCUCCAGCUUCCACGAAUGUGUUGUUUCCGGUUCCCCAGCACAAGUAUAAAGAUCACGUUCACAGCCCUGUCCAGUGAUAAGAAGGAGCCAAGGAACGUGCCGGAAUCACCGGUCAAGCCCGUCCAACCCCAAAUUUCCCCACUGACCAUAAACAUUCCUGACAACAUUGCCCACCUCAUGAGCCCACUGCCUUCACCUACUGGCACCAUCAGUGCAGCAAACUCCUGUCCAUCAAGUCCACGAGGGGCAGGACUCUCUAGCUACAGGACGGGUCGUGUUCUGGCCUCUGACCUUAUUGGAGACAACUCUCAGUCAGAAAACGAUAAGGAGGCCUCAGGUGAAGACAGCCCAAAGGAUGACUCCAAACCUCCAUAUUCAUAUGCACAGCUAAUAGUCCAAGCUAUCACCAUGGCCCCGGAUAAACAACUAACACUGAAUGGAAUAUACACCCACAUCACUAAGAACUAUCCCUACUACAGAACAGCUGAUAAAGGCUGGCAGAACUCGAUCCGCCACAACCUGUCCCUGAACCGGUACUUCAUCAAAGUGGCCCGCUCUCAGGAGGAGCCGGGCAAAGGCUCAUUCUGGAGGAUCGACCCCGCCUCUGAGGGCAAGCUGAUAGAACAGGCCUUCAGGAAGCGCAGGCCCAGGGGAGUGCCUUGCUUCAGGACUCCCGUGGGACCUCUUUCCUCCAGGAGCGCUCCAGCCUCUCCUAACCACACAGGAGCACUGUCUGCCCACUCCAGUGGGGUCCAGACCCCUGACAGCCUGUCGAGAGAGGGAUCCCCAGUCCCCAUGGAGCCAGAGCCAACCCCUCCACCAGCCCCCACCCAGACCACUACAGUCCAGCCCAAACUCGCUGUCAUCCAAGAGGCCCGCUUUGCACAGAACUCCCCUGGCUCCCCGCUCAACAACCAGCCAGUAUUGAUCGCCGUGCAGCGCCAGAUGCCUCAAACGACCAUGAAGCCUGUGACCUACGCCAUGGCAACGCCAGCCAUCGUAACGACGUCAGUUAGCUCCGCCCCCGUCAUGCAGACGGUGCACGUCGUCCACCAGAUCCCAGCCGUCACCAUGGCAACUGUUGGCGGACAGUCUGCUGCUACAGUGACCCCAGAACCUCAGGAGAACGGAGGGGGAGAGCACCAAGAGAUCAAAGUCAAAGUGGAGCCGGUGCCAUCCAUCACAGCCUCGUCUAUAGGUGGAGUUGGUCGUAUCAUCCAGAGCUCUCAGGCUGCUCCACUGACAACAGUUACCAUCGUGCAACAAGCCCCGCUUGGUCAGCACCAGCUCCCAAUAAAGGCCAUCACACAAAACGGGACUCACCUGGUCCCCAUCAGUAAUGCUGCUAGCACAGCCGUUGCGAACCCUCUCCACCUCCUGGCGACUCACGCCUCAGCCUCCGCAUCCCUCCCCACCAAGAGGCAGAACGGAGAACUGCAAGACCAGCCUGAAUCAAAGAGAGUGAAAACAGAGGAGGAAGGUGAAGCAGCAGCAGCUGCCAACAACAACAAUGGCACCACAGACAGAGCUGGAGAGGGAGGGGUCAGUGAACAGGUCGGCGACAAGUAGCCCCCCCACCCCGAUCUUGUGUCCUGACCCCUACUCUCCUGUACGCAUUGAGCCUCACACCUUCCAUACUCUCUCCCCUCCAUCAUACCUGGAUAUCAUCUACUUCAAGGUGCCAAAAAAGAGAAGAGACAUGGAAACACAAACGGGACUACAGAAUGUUCAAAACCUCCUCCUCACCCCGCCACCCCCCAGCCCCACCGCCCCACUCUUCCUCUUCCAUAUAUUUAAGACCACGAAAUGCGAUGCAAAAACUAGAGACCAAAUUGAAAA